CCCACUCCAGUGUUCUUGCCUGGAGAAUUCUGUGGCCGGAGGAGCCUGGUGGGCUGUGGUCCAUGGGGUCGCAAAGAGUUGGACACGACUGAGCGACUAACCCACUGUAGGGAAUUCCCUGGUGGACCUGUGGUUAGGACUUAGCACUUCCACUGCCUGCGUUCAAUCCCUAGUCAGGGAACUAAAAUUCCUCAGGCUGAGUAGUGUGGCCAAAAAAAUUAAUGAAAAAUUAAAAAAAAAAAAACAUAUUAGUGAGAACCCAAAGGAGCGAUGUAAGCAGGGCCCUUGCCAGCUCUAGGAUCAAAGGAACUAAGGGAGGAUGUGGCCUUGUGAAGGGAGGGCAGGACCACUGGGCCCUGAGGAGCUAGAGCUGCCCUCUUCCUUUCCGGGGUGGGGAUGGAAGGCCAGAGGGAGGCUCCUGGUACACGGGGUGCAGGAAUCUCUGGCAUGUGGCCCUCCUCCCCACUCCUCCCCACUAAGGCUGGGGGUCUGGGUGGGACCCAAACUCAGACACGGGCCUCUGGGGUGACCUGGCCGGCAUCCCGGGAGUCCAGGGGCCUCUCAGCCCCGGCCUGCCCCUGCCCAGAGCCCUGCCCAGCCCCCUCCCCGGGGUGGGCUGGGAGGCGGAGUGGGGGUGCUUCUACAUUUUCAGGUCUUUCCAGCCCUUGGCCAGCGGGGCAGCCUGACUAACCAGCUCCUCCAGGCCCACAGUGUGUGGGGAGGGGAGCGGCCCGAGGCGGCCAAACUGGCCCCAGGCUGUGGGUGUGGAAGCAGGCCGGUGGGCGCGCUGCAGGCUGUCAUGGGGCUCCCCGCCAGGCAGCCUCGCCCCUGGCUGCUGCUCUUGGUGGUGCUGGGCUGGUCCCAGCCCUGCCUCAGCCUGGAGCUCAUCCCCUACACGCCACGGAUAACCACCUGGGACCUGGAAGGGAAGGUCACGGCCACCACGUUCUCCCUGGAGCAGCCGCGCUGUGUGCUGGACGGGCACUCCCGUGCCGCCGACAUCGUCUGGCUGGUGGUGGCCUUCAGCAACGCCUCUAGGGUCUUCCAGAACCCCCAGACACUGGCUGAGAUCCCAGCCUCCCCACGGCUGCUGACCGAUGGCCACUACAUGACGCUGCCCCUGACCAUGGACCAGCUGCCCUGUGAGGACCCUGCGGGCGGCAGCGGGCGCGCCCCCGUGCUUAGGGUGGGCAAUGACGCCGGCUGCCUUGCUGACCUCCAUCAGCCUCGCUACUGCAACGCCCCUCUCCCGGGCCCCGGACCUUACAGGGUGAAGUUCCUGCUGAUGAACUCCAGGGGCUCACCCCAGGCUGAGACGAGGUGGUCCGACCCCAUCACUCUCCACCAAGGGAAGUCCCCGGGCUCCAUCGACACAUGGCCCAGGCGGCGGAGUGGAGACAUGAUCGUCAUCACCUCCAUCCUGUCUUCUCUGGCCGGCCUCCUGCUCCUGGCCUUCCUGGCAGCCUCCAGCAUGCGCUUCUCCAGCCUGUGGUGGCCGGAGGAGGCCCCGGAGCAGCUGCGGAUCGGCUCCUUCAUGGGGAAGCGCUACAUGACCCACCACAUCCCGCCCAGCGAGGCGGCCACCCUGCCGGUGGGCUGCGAGCCCGGCCUGGAACGCUUCCCCAGCCUCAGCCCCUAGCUCAGCCCACCUGGCUGGGGAUGGGGCAGUGGGGGCCUGGGGGGUGAGUGCAAAUGUAUGUGCGCGCGUGUGUGUGUGUGUGUGUGUGUGUGUGUGUGUGUCCCGCAUUGCACCUCUGGCCCUGCCUGAAAUCCCACCGCUAGCAGCCCUGCCUUGGGCUUUCUCAUUUCCCCUGCCUCCAGGCUAUUGGGGGAGGGCUGUGGUCAGGCCGGGCAUCCAGCCCCCAAUGCAAUCUGCCUCAAGCGAGGCUGUAGGUCACGUGGACACACUGCCUGAAAGGAGGCUUCCAGACCCCAGGAGGAGGCCUUCAGUGGGGCUGAGCUGGGCUGAGCCCAUCAUGGGGUACAUGAGGCCUCCGUCUGUCCCUCUGUCCUGUCCACCGGCGGCCGGGGCUGCAGUGAGGCCUUAGAGGUACCUCCAUCGUCCCUGGACGUGGACCACCUUUCUGAGGGUGGCCCUCACUGGCUGAAAGGUCAGACAGUAUAGAUCGCUGUGACGAUCCGGCUACCACUUCUAACCUCCUUGCACAUGCAGAUAGCACACACACUCAUGCACUCACUUCCAUUCCACAAGCAUUUAUUGAGCGCCUGCUGCAUGCCAUACACACAGUGUUAGACAUGGGCCCCCACGCAGGCCCCGCUGCUGUUCUUGAGGCACUCACUGCUCUGGGCCUCAGAUGACCACGUGUCCUGAUGCGACCUGUUACUCUUGGGGGGGCUAUCACCCCCUCGGACUGUCACGCAUCCUCGGGCUCACACUCCUGAGACGAUCUUCCCCCGAUGGACUCUCCGGUCCAGUAGCCAGCCGCCCCAUCACCCAGGAGGAGCUACUUUAUCCAGCGUCCGUCCGCCAGCAAGGCCGAUGAUCCCCACCGUGGACACAAGGGGGCGCUGUGGCGCCGCAGCUGCCGAGUCCCGCGCGUGCGCACGUCUGUGCACAGCUGAGCGUCCCGCCGCUGGACCCGACGUCUCACAGCGGCCGCCACGCAGCUGGGUCUCUGGAGGUCACGGCUCCAGUUUCCACCUCAGCCAAGCCAGAGGAUGAGCAGUCACACUGUCAUUUGAGGAUCAACGGUGUGUCGUCCAACUACACAGCUGUCAUCGUUUUCUGGAUGGAAAAACAGGCUCAGUGGUUUGCCCACGAUCCACUGUCCCCGCACCCCGUGUCCCCCGGCCGCUCCCAGGCCCUUCUAAGCCUGACCGCGGCUCCAGCAUACAGGCCGCCCCGAGGAGGGCGCCAAGCGGGGAACUCUACCCCCGCUCCCCUGACUUUGGAGACGAAUAAAUGCAGUCUGGCUCCUCCAUCCCAGUGGUGCCCGCGCUGGAUCUGGAA